AUGCUUUCCAUUGCAGCAACCUUUGAACACCACCCCGCCCUGCACAUCCCCUCCAACUGCCAUCUGCAUCGUCUACCAGUAAUGUUGUCUCCUACCAAGACAGGCAACGCAUCGCUGUCAGUGUGUCUCAGCCAGCCGGAGUGGGAAAUUCGGGCCAGAGACGUCUGCAAUAGGAACGCCAGUCAACACCUCUUCUCUGCUUAUCCAAUUGAGCCCUGUGAGGAGGCAGAGGGGGGAGGGUCUCCUCCUGAGGCCCUACGACGCUUCUCCGGACUGGACUUUGUGUGCUGUGGUCAGGUCAAACCGGCACCCUCGGCGGCCAACCGUGAAGCGCUGGUCAAUAGCAGUUCUGAGACAACGCCCAAGAACAUAAAAAAUAAUGUUACGAACGCUUCGUGA